AUGGAACGCGAUGAACCAUCGAGCAGCGAUGAGAAAUCAAGCGAGGUGACACCUGUGGCGCCAGGUCUGGAGCCCUCAGCGCCCAUCAGUUUUUAUCAGCUGUUUCGCUUCUCCACCUACUGGGAGCUAUUCUGGCUCUUCGUUGGCUUCAUUAUGUGCUGCAUCAAGGCAUUGACGCUGCCCGCCGUAGUCAUCAUCUACAGUGAAUUCACUGCCAUGUUGGUGGAUCGUGCCAUGCAAAUUGGCACCAGCUCCACCACUCAUGCUUUGCCUAUUUUUGGUGGCGGCAAAAUAUUAACCAAUGCCACACGUGAGGCCAACAAUGAGGCGCUCUAUGAUGACUCCAUAUCCUAUGGCAUUCUGUUGACUAUCACCUCGCUGAUUAUGUUUAUAUCGGGCAUAUUCUCUGUCGAUAUAUUCAACUUUGUUGCCCUGCGUCAGGUCACACGCAUGCGCAUUAAACUCUUUGAAUCGGUAAUGCGCCAGGACAUAGGCUGGCAUGAUCUGGCCACCAAGCAGAACUUUGCUCAAAGCAUGACGGACGACAUUGAAAAAAUACGCGAUGGCAUUUCAGAGAAAGUAGGACACUUUCUUUAUUUGAUUGUGGGCUUUAUCAUAACAGUAGGCAUCUCCUUUGGCUAUGGCUGGAAGCUAACCCUAGCUGUCAGCUGCUAUAUACCGCUGGUUAUUGCAGUCAACUACUAUGUGGCCAAGAUUCAAGGCACACUCACUGCACGCGAACAAGAAUCUUAUGCUGGCGCUGGCAAUUUGGUUGAAGAGAUUCUUAACUCCAUACGCACUGUUGUCUCGUUUGGUGGUGAAAAGCAGGAGGCUGAGCGUUUUGAUAACUUUUUAGUGCCCGCACGCAAGGCCAGUCAAUGGAAGGGCGCAUUCUCCGGCUUGAGCGAUGCUCUGCUCAAGUCCAUGCUGUUUCUCUCCUGCGCUGGCGCCUUCUGGUAUGGCGUUAAUCUUAUUCUGGACGAUCGUUAUGUAGAGGACAAGGAGUACACGCCAGCUAUAUUGAUGAUUGCUUUCUUUGGCAUCAUUGUGGGUGCGGAUAAUAUUGCGCGCACUGCGCCUUUUCUGGAAUCCUUUGCCACAGCGCGCGGCUGUGCUACCAAUUUAUUUAAAGUCAUUGAUCUGAGCUCGAAAAUAGAUCCGCUGUCUACAGAUGGCAAGCUAUUGAACUAUGGUCUGCGUGGCGAUGUGGAGUUUCAGGAUGUUUUCUUUCGCUAUCCCUCACGCCCAGAGAUUAUUGUGCAUCGUGGCCUGAAUAUUAAAAUACGCGCAGGGCAAACUGUAGCGCUGGUGGGCUCCUCAGGCUGUGGCAAAUCCACUUGCAUACAGCUGCUGCAACGUUUCUAUGAUCCUGUCUUUGGCUCCGUGCUGCUUGACGAGUUGGAUAUACGCAAAUAUAAUAUACAAUGGCUGCGCUCCAAUACAGCUGUGGUGGGUCAGGAGCCUGUGCUCUUCCUAGGCACCAUAGCGCAAAAUAUAAGCUACGGCAAACCCAACGCCACUCAACGUGAAAUUGAAGCCGCUGCAACUCAAGCGGGCGCUCAUGAGUUUAUCAGCAAUUUACCAGAGAGCUAUCGCACAAUGAUUGGCGAGCAUGGCUCUCAGCUGUCCGGCGGUCAAAAGCAACGUAUAGCGAUUGCACGCGCUUUGAUUCAGAAUCCCAAAAUAUUGCUGCUAGAUGAGGCUACUUCUGCAUUGGACUACAACUCAGAGAAAUUGGUGCAGCAGGCGCUGGAUCUGGCUAGCAAGGGACGCACCACUAUUGUAGUUUCUCAUCGACUUUCAGCCAUACGCGGUGCGGAUAAAAUUGUUUUUAUACACGAGGGCAAAGUGUUGGAGGAGGGCUCACAUGAUGAUCUGAUGGCGCUGGAGGGCGCCUAUUAUAAUAUGGUCAGAGCGGGUGAUAUAAAUAUGCCAGAUGAUCUGGACAAGGAAGAGAAUCUGGAAGACACUAAGCGCAAAAGUCUUGCUUUGUAUGAAAAGUCGUUUGAAACAAGUCCGCUGAACUUUGAAAAGAAUCAAAAGAACAGCGUGCAGUUUGAAGAGCCCAUUAGCAAGCCCAGCAAGGACAGCAACAAGCUUAAGGAGAGCAAACAAGUGGAGGAGAAACCAAAUUUCUUUGGCACUUUUAUGCGCAUAGUGCGCAUGUCACGUCCGGAAUGGUGUUAUCUUAUAUUGGGCAGCAUCUCCUCCAUUGCCGUGGGCUGCAUUUAUCCAGCGUUUUCGAUUAUCUUUGGUGAAUUCUAUGCAGCGCUGGCGGAGCAGGACGAAAAGGUUGCGCUGAGUCGCACUGCAGUGCUGUCCUGGGCCUGUCUGGGCGUCGCUGUCAUUACGGGCAUCAUUUGCUUUCUGCAAACUUAUCUGUUUAACUACGCUGGCGUUUGGUUGACCACACGCAUGCGUGCGCUAACUUUCAAGUCCAUGAUUAAACAGGAGGUGGGCUGGUUCGAUGAGGAGCAAAACUCUGUGGGCGCGCUGUCGGCGCGUCUGUCUGGCGAGGCUGCUGGCGUGCAGGGCGCCAUUGGUUAUCCUUUGAGCGGCAUGAUACAAGCGCUGUCCAACUUUAUUACAGGCAUUUCAGUGUCCAUGGUGUACAACUGGAAGCUGGCGCUGCUCUGUCUAGCCAACUGUCCCAUUAUUGUGGGCUCUGUUAUACUGGAAGCCAAAAUGAUGUCGAAUGCUUUGAUUAGAGAAAAGCAAGUGCUGGAGGAAGCCAGUCGCAUAGCUACGGAGUCCAUCAGCAAUGUGCGCACUAUUGCGGGUUUACGCCGUGAAGCGGAUGUCAUACGCCAGUAUACGGAGGAAAUCAAGCGUGUUGAAGUGCUUAUCAAGCAAAAGCUACGCUGGCGCGGAAUACUCAACUCCACAAUGCAAGCUUCAGCAUUCUUUGGCUACGCCGUAGCGCUAUGUUACGGCGGUGUGCUGGUCUCCGAGGGUCAAGUGCCGUUCCAGGAUAUUAUCAAAGUUUCCGAAACGCUGCUCUAUGGCUCGAUGAUGUUGGCGCAGUCUUUGGCCUUUACGCCUGCGUUUACUGCAGCUCUGAUUGCUGCACAUCGUCUAUUCAAAAUACUGGAUCGCAAGCCACGCAUUGUGUCGCCCAUGGGCACUAUAAGAAACACGCUGGCCAAGCAGCUGAAUCUGUUCGAGGGCGUGCGCUAUAGAGACAUAAGUUUUCAUUAUCCCACGCGACCGGAUGUCAAAAUACUCAAUGGUCUGGAUUUGGAAGUGCUGCAGGGUCAGACUGUUGCCUUGGUAGGACACUCGGGAUGUGGCAAGUCCACCUGCAUACAGCUGCUGCAACGCUACUACGAUGCAGACGAGGGCAGCAUUCACAUUGAUCAAGACGACAUACAGCAGGACCUAACGCUGGAUGGCGUGCGUCGCAAACUGGGUUUGGUUUCCCAGGAGCCCGCGCUGUUUGAGCGCAGCAUUGCGGAGAACAUUGCCUAUGGCGAUAAUCGUCGCGCUGUGCCCAUGACGGAGAUUAUUGCUGCUGCCAAGAGCGCUAAUGCGCACAGCUUUAUUAUAUCGCUGCCCAAUGGCUAUGAGACGCGCAUGGGAGCGCGUGGUACGCAGCUGUCCGGCGGACAGAAGCAACGUGUGGCCAUUGCACGUGCGCUGGUGCGCAAUCCGCAGAUUCUGCUGCUGGACGAGGCUACCUCAGCGCUGGAUCUGCAAAGCGAACGCCUGGUGCAACAGGCGCUGGACUCUGCCUGCUCGGGACGCACCUGCAUUGUGAUAGCUCAUCGUCUGUCCACAGUGCAGAAUGCGGAUCUGAUUUGUGUGCUGCAGGGUGGGCAGGUGGUGGAGCAGGGCACGCAUCUGCAGCUGAUAGCACAAGGCGGCAUCUAUGCCAAAUUGCACAAGACACAAAAGCAGCACUGAGCGCUCAAGCAAAAGUUGCACUUCAAAUGCUAUUUUGUUAUAAAUACUCAACACACACAUUUUAUAU